GGAGUUUCAUCGAUUAGCAGCACGAAGGGGAGCAACUCUAACAACAUAAUCACAUGACAGCUUUGUGUUGACACCAACUUGUCGAAAAGCUUAAGUCCUGUUUUCUGGAGAUGAAAUGAAACUAUAGCGAGGAUCUGAGGAAAGAACAAGAUCACUGAAGAUGGCUGCCUUGAUUGAUUUUGACCACGGCCUUCUGUUUGGUAACAACACAAAUGGCAGCAGCAUACCCGUGUAUCCUCAAUACCUGGGUUUCAUCAGUUGUGUCGUAUCAGCGACAUUUUAUGGCACAAACUUUAUCCCAGUCAAGAAGUUUGAAACAGGAGAUGGGAUGUUUUUCCAGUGGGUGCUGUGCAAUGCCAUCUUCAUGGUGGGCCUGGUUAUACAGAUGAUCCGCAUGUCUCGCUUCUACUCGUUUGUGAUGGUUGGAGGAGUUAUCUGGGCUACAGGCAAUAUAUGCGUUGCGAUCAUUAAGACAAUAGGUCUUGGACUGGGAUUGUGUGUCUGGGGCUCUAUAAACCUCCUGGUUGGAUGGGCAACUGGCAGAUUUGGUCUUUUUGGGUUGACUCCAUCGAUUCCAAACCAGAUCGGGAUGAACUAUGCUGGUGUUUGCAUAGCUGUCUUCAGUUCAGUGAUAUAUUCGCUGGUCAAGCCAGAAGUCUCGAAAUCUAGCCUAGAGAUGACGGUAGAUGUCGUAUCUGAUGACACAGAACCAUUGCUCAACCCGGAGCAGGACAACAUUCAGUCACGUCGACACAGUGGCUCCCUCUAUGGGUCCAAUUCAGAAGAUAUCCUCGUCUUCAACAAGGGGCGGUCUAGCAGCAGUUUGAGCAAAUCAAGCGAAAAUGGGGGGAAAAUCCAAGAAGAUGAUGAAACAAUACUGGAUAGAAUGUCCCCACUAACACAGAAGAUUGUAGGCUUGUCACUGUCCGCCUUCUCUGGCGUGUUGUACGGAGCUCAGUUCACGCCUGCCCUUUAUGUGCAGCAGUCCCAGAAAGACCAUGGGGCCAGUCAGAACUCCUUGGAUUACGUGUUUGCUCACUUCUGUGGCAUCUACCUCACCAGCACCGUCUUCUUCAUCAUCUACAUUGUCUACAAACGCAACAACCCAAAUGUCUACCCUAGAGUUAUCCUCCCUGGGCUUGUGUCAGGUGGCAUGUGGGGUAUUGCCACAGCCGGAUGGUUCAUUGCUAAUGCAUCACUAUCUGAACCUGUGUCCUUCCCCAUUAUCUCAACCGUUCCUGGAGGAAUCGCACUGGCACUUGGAAUUCUGGUGUUUAAAGAAAUUAGGGGUCUGCGCAACAUCCUGAUUUCACUGUUGGCCAUGUCCUUCACAGUAACCGGAGCUGUUCUAGCUGGGAUGUCCAAAUCAUGAAGAGGACUUGGAACUGAAAUUUACUUCAAUUCCUGAUCACUUCAGACAUCUUCCCUCAUGUUCGUACUCAGUCAGUAAAUAUCAUUAUGAUAGUGUUGCUAGGCAACUGUGAUGCAGCAUUACAUUUACGGUCAGCUCUUGUUUUUUAGCAUUGCUACAAUGUCUUUCUCCUAUGGACAAUGUGAUUGUAUGAACUUUGUCACAACUGUUUAUAUCAUGUAUAUUGCUCACCUACAUAGGGAAACAAAAACUUGGAUUUGCCUUCUGAAACCUGGGAUCAGAUACCAGGAUUAUCUCCCUUUGCCUGCCAUCUUCGUUUCCUAGCCUUUCUGUUAUGUUAUUGUUAAGCAAGUUCAUUGUGCAUUAUCAGGAGGCCAAAUCAGAGGGCAUUUUAUUGAAGACAGGAGCUCAGUUUGUUUUUUGUUGUAUCAUGUUACAUGAUUGAUAUGCUGUCAGCUUUAAUGGUUGAUAAUUCAACGAUGAUCUGUUAUGAUUCACGUGUUGUGUCAUCAUAAAUAAUAAAUAGGUAUAUCAAUAUGACUGGUUAAUGUCGUAUAUGAUUUAUGUGUCAUAUUUUAUGAUUGAUAUGUUAUAUAAUCUGACCUGAUUAAGGUGCUGUAUUAACCAGCAAGGCUUGAGAUAAAAGGGAGAUUUAUACCCGAAUGAGAUGUUUCUUGCCUUUUGUUUAUCAUUCUAAACAGAAAUACAUCAUAUAUGGCAGUAACUUCUAUAUUGGUUACAUUAGCAUGAGGAUAUUGUUGUCUUUAUUUAUGUUUCUCAUCAAAUGCAUGACAUUCCUGGAAAUUAAUACACAUUAAGAAGAAUGGGUAUGUCUUUAUGGUAAUAAUUAAGACCUAUAUAAUAUGUAUAUAUCCUUAGCACUAUUUAUUUUGUCAGGGCAAACUUUACCUGAGAUCAUCCUCAGGGUAUUGUGUUAUAGAUACCAUGAACACGAUGAACACUUUUGCUUCCGUAGAUUUCUUUGAGCCUUAUUCAAAUGGCACCAUGAUGAAAAUUGCCAUCUCAUCAAUUAACUUUCGUGAAAUUCUGCCGUUUAUAGGUGAUAUGGAGAUGGUACCAUGGUAACAGAAUCAUCAAAGCUGUGGAGGGAAGGUGGGGUAGUCUAGUGGUGAAAGAUUUCGCUCGUCACCCCGAAAACCCGGGUUUGAUUCCACACAUGGGUACAAUGUGUGAAGCCCAUUUCUGGUGUUCCAGGCCGUGAUCUUGCUGGAAUAUUGCUAAAAGUGGAGUAGAACCAUACUCACUCACUCACUCAAAGCUGUGGUGGUGAAUUGGGUCCAGGGUGCUUAUCUGGAUUGGAAGUAUACACAGUCCCCUGGCUAAUCGAGGAUGGUCUCAGAUCAGUCGUAAUGCCUUCUCUCAGGGAUUUACCUUGAGUCCUGUAUUUGAGGGUCCCUGAGACUCAUACUAGUAAUUUUCAGGAGACAACAAAAUAGGAGUCCCAGACACUUAAAUAUUAUUAUCAAUACUGUUUUUGUAUUGUGUAUUAUGUUCAGCACAUUGUUACAGUAAUUAAAUUGCAAAUGAUACCAUAACCCAGCUAGUAGCAAACUCAGUGAUAACCUAUUGUUACUUGAUUGGAAUUUAUUACAAAAAGUAUCUGGACUUUUUCUGCGUCCCUGGGGAUGCACUAGUAAAUUUUGUUUCGUCCAUUGUCAAUUUUUAUGCGUAUAGGUUGCAGGAAUACGCGUCCUGUAAAUCCCUGUUCUCUUUAACAUGUAAGUUAUGCUGAAAGAUGAUGAUAUUUAUGUUGUUAAAUGUUGAUGAUGCAACCAUUUUUUAUAACAAUGACAGAAUGACUGGAUGUUGAGCAGGCUCUUAACACUGCCUGGAUUCCAUUUCCCAGUACAGUUAUACAGACAUGAAAGAAAGACACAUCCAUGUAUGUGAUGUUACAUUUCCAUGUGUCAACUGAUUACAGAUGUAUUCACAGGACACAACAUGGUCAGGGGAAUGGGCUCACUUCAUAUGGCAUAUUAUUUGUUUCAUGUUUUAUGUUCCUUAUUAACGUUUUAAAUUGUUAGUGAUGUUGUUGGUUCUAUUUUUAAAGAGAGAUAUUCAGGUUCCUUUAAUAUUGUUUUUUAAUAGUACUGUUCAUUGAUAUUUGCAUCAUGUUUUAGAUUCAGGAUCAUCAGAUGAAAUCCUUUAAUGUUCAGUCUUAUUACCAUGAUAUCACAACAUAAAACGUAUUUUGCAUCAAUGAUGAAGAAGCAUUUGAAGUGUAUUUUAUCUUUUUGAUGAGUUUAGCAUGUUUACUAUAGCCAUUUUUCAGCAUGUUCCGGCAGGGAAAUAUAUUAAAUAGGUAAACUAUUACAUCACAUCACCUUGUAUCUAAAAAAUAAAGUGGUUCAUAAAUCUUAAAAUGCAUUUUUUAUUGAAACUAUGUAUGAGUUGUCUUUUCAAAGAUUGUUUUUAUUUCAUUUACCUCAGAUAUGCCCUGACAAAGAUUUUAAGUUUUCUUUUUGUUGCUCAUUUGCUCUGGCCAGUAAGGCCCAUAAAACAAGAGGAUCCUUGGGAAGCCUCAGUUGUUUAUCACAGACCAUGUGCCAAUAGGUUCAUGUCUACUUGAUUAAUACAAUUUGUGAACAGAUUUUAUUAUAUGAAUAUAUUUUAGGUAGGAUAAGGAAUUGUAUCACAGACCAUGUGCCAAUAGGUUCAUGUCUACUUGGUUAAUACAAUUUGUGAACAGAUUUUAUUAUAUGAAUAUAUUUUUAGGUGGGAUAAGCAAUUGGUUCAUAACUAUAUUCUAUUAGGAUGUUUUAGACAAUGAUACAUUAUAUUUCUUAGAAAAUGUGUUUGUGGGAUGCAAGGGUUUGUAAACUUAACUGACUGUUACCUGUGGCAGUCGUGCAGCUGUAUUGGGUUCCCAUAUAUAAAAGGUAAAUGUGCAUUUUUGAUAAAAUAUUUCAUAUAGAACGUUUAUCAUGUUAGAAUUAUUUUUGUAAAUAUUCACUAUGAUAUUUAUAACGUUGUACAGAGUGUUGCAAUGCUCUGAGUGUGGGGCAGGUUUCUUUACUGAAGAGUAUAUAUGGACUCAAUGCCAAAGAACUGAAUAAAAAGAGUUAAUACAGAAUAAGACUUUUUGACCCUACCUACAAACACAAUAUAGUGUACACAUAGACAAUUACUAAGGUAUCUGCAGUCUCAAACAGUCUUUUUUGGUAUAAUAUGCAAGGUGCACAUAUGUGCUGUACAUUUGCUACUGCACUGUAUAUUGAGUUUGUAUUUCAAGCUCAUUUAAUCCAAACUCAGUGUGGGGUAGCCUAGUGGUUAUAGCAUUCGAUAGUCACACAAAAGACCCAAGUUUGAUUCCCCACAUGGGUACUAUGUGUGAAACCCAUUUCCGGUGUCUCCAUCUGUGAUAUUGCUGGAAUAUAACUCAGUGUUUCCUGUUCCUGGAGUAUGGAUAUUUUGAAUGUUAUUUUUGUGUGUGUAGUACAAUAAAAGCCUUUUUCAAAACCUUUUAUGAAUGUUCAAUCUUUAUAUUUAUGUGGUUAAUGUGAUAUUCUCCUAGUGUACAUUCAUAAUGCAAUAUUUGAUGAUUGUGAUCAGGCACUGAUAUUUGGGCACAAGUCUGCAGAAAUGUCAGUUCUAAUUCCCAAGUCUGCAGAAAUGAUAGUACAAAUUCCCAAGUAUGCAGAAAUGUCAGUACAAACCCCCAAGCAUGCAGAAAUGUCAGUACAAACCCCCAAGUCUGCAGAAAUGUCAGUACAAACCCCCCAGUCUGCAGAAAUGUCUGUAAAAACCCCAAGUCUGCAGAAAUGUCAGUUACAAAAUUGCUAAUUAUUGGUGUUAAUAUUAUAACCAUUGAUAGUCAGUGAUAUAGCAUUAUACAGGUGAUUUGUAUUUCUUUGAUAACAGGACCACUGAAGAUGAAUGAGGAUGCUGUAGUACUUAGUUUGACACUUGUGUUUAUUGCAAUGAUGUAAUGCCACGAAUUUGAGAAAAUGAGAACGAGAUUACCAAGACCAGUUACUCUGGAUUCCUGGAUUAAUCUCCUGGAUUGUUCUAUAGUAAUGGCUGCCAUAACUUUUGUAACUUGUUCUUGUUACAGAAAUUGUUGAUUUUUAAAAACAACAUGUUGUUGUAUGUCAUGAAUAGCUCCGCAACAAUUUGUGAUAAACAUUUUGUUUUAUCAGUAGAUGUAUGCAACACUUUUGUCAUGUUUUCAAAUUUAUGAAUAUGCAUGUAUGAUGUGUAAAUAUGUCAUGUUUAAUAAUGCAGAGAAUCGGGACUUAAUUGCCAGGUACUUAUUGUUCAAGAUAUAUUGAGAAAGCACAACUUGAGCAUUUGUUGUAGAAUGCAGAUUAAACAGCAAUUCGGUUGUAGUGUUGAUAUUUUGUAGUAGCUACUCUGAUGUCGAGGGAAAUAUACUUAUGUUUCUGUAAUCAUUGUUACCCUUAUAGCAAGUUUUGUCUUGCUGAAGACUUUAAUAUAAAUUCUGACAUGGUGUACGUUUGUUAUAUUUUUCUAGCAGUACACAGCUUGUCAUGUUAACAAACAACCAGGACAUACUCAUUAUAUCUGUUCUGUAUUGUGGGUGUUGUGUUUUCCUGCUUGAAAAUGCCAUUAGGAACAAAUGACUGAUGUCAUACUGAUGUGAUGGAUGAUGUCAUUGGUUUCCAUGGUAACUGUUUCUCCAUGAGCCUGAAAUGCACAAGAAACAAACAUUUCAAAUAUUAUUCUGAUACAUAUUGAUGAGAGUUGAUAAAUAAAUGUUGUGGUUUCCA